GGUGGAGUAGACUGAUCACAAGUCUACUUGCAACUUCUGUAAUUUGAAGAGACCAUGUGCGUAGUUCAGGCAGCUGUGGCGUGUGGAAGCUGCUGAAAUAUCGGCACGGAGUAAGCAGCAGCUCACAUAAUGAAAGGACAAGUGUGCAACAUCACCGUGGUUCUUUGAAGUUUGACGCCCUGUCUAAGAUACAAUCAAAAGUCCCCUGGCUCUGUUGAUGUCCAUGUGCAUUCAUUGUUCUUCAGCACCAUCCCUUUUCAACAAAAUGAAUAAUAUCAGUGAAUGCAUGGCUUUCUAUGCCAGCCAAGAAGCAGGCAUCAUUCUCCUGCAUUAUAACCACACCGGGAAGCUGGAGAACAGACGACUGCCCAGUGAAGGCAUGGGCAUUGUCAGAAUCAUUUUCAUAAUCGUCAGUUGCUUCGUCGUCAUAGAGAAUCUGCUGGUCUUCUUCGCUAUCCUGAAUAACACCCGCUUCCGGAGCUGGGUUUACUACUGUAUUGCCAACAUUACCCUCUGCGACCUGUUGACUGGCACUGCCUACAUUGUCAACCUGUGCCUAUCAGGAGAAAAGACCUUUCGCAUCACGCCCACACUCUGGUUCCUCAGGGAAGGGGUCCUGUUCUUUGCCCUGGCUGCCUCAACGUUCAGCCUGCUUAUCACAGCCAUGGAGAGGUACGCGACCAUGGUCAAACCUGUACCAUAUGCAUCGGCAAACAAAACCUACCGGGUCUACUGCCUGAUUGGACUGUGCUGGCUGCUGGCUUCCCUUAUAGGUCUUCUGCCGCUGCUGGGCUGGAACUGCAUAUGCAACUUUGAAAAAUGUUCCACCUUGCUGCCUCUGUACUCCAAGAGCUAUAUCCUCUUCUGCGUUGUGAUGUUCAGCAUCAUCAUCAUUGGGAUAGUGGCACUCUACAGUGGCAUCUACCAGCUAGUCCGAAGCAGCGCCAAGUCUGUUGCCAGUAGCAAGAGCAGGCAGAAGUCAGUGAGGCUGCUCAAGACUGUAUUCAUGAUAGUAGCUGCCUUUGUGGUCUGUUGGAGCCCUCUGUUUGUGCUCCUUCUUCUGGACGUCUUCUGCAACUCGGCACGUUGCUCUAAGCUACACACCAUGGAGUGGACUAUUACCUUGGCUGUGGUCAACUCAGCCAUCAAUCCCAUCAUUUAUUCCUUUGGCAGCAAGGAUGUGAGACGGGCCAUCGUCAGGCUUCUGUGCUUCUGCUUCAUCAAAGCUGGCACUCCCUUGCCCACCUUCCUGAGCCGCAGUGAGUCGGUGCUCGGGGCCUCCACCGACAGCUCCUACAGACUGAGGGAGAGCUUCCGAAAUUCAAAGCUACUGAGUCCAAAGAAGACCUUGCCCAAGUCAGAAGGGGUAUAGUUCUCACCACACGAUUCCAGCCACUGCAAGUAUCCCAGGAGCUCCGACCUUUCUCCUGCUUUAACUUCACCAUUAGAAUUGGUGAGAUUAUGGCAGCAGAACUCGAUGAGAGGAUCUUCCCAGCCUAUUCAAUGGCCGUGCCUUCCUGGCUCUCCACUGAGCCACAAACUGUUGGAUUAAAGCCUCACUCCAGGAUCCUCAGCACGUGGUCCUGGUUACAUUUCAGUGCAGUAUUGAAGGGGCGGUGCCUGAAGGGAGGUACUGUCUUUCAAAUCAGGUGCUGAGUGAAAGACUGGCUGCUCUUUUGGGUAAAAGAUAUGAAAUUUUAUCUGCUAAUACUCUUGUGAAGCAUUCUAAGAUUUUUAUGAUGACUAUGUUUUUGUUGUUGUGAGAAUCUAGUGAAGGAUGGGACAAUUCUCUCUGUAAACAAAUAAAACUGCAGAAACAAAAACAGGAAGCACUGGAAGAAUUCAGCCAGUCAAGUGGCAUCAGAAGAAAACCAGUCAACACUUUGGGUCAGGUACCCUUCCUCAGAACUCUUUCUGUCUGAGGCGUUAUCUAUUGGCCUGUUAAUCUCACUGCUUUGCACAAUUCUGCUGCAUGUUAAUUGACCACCAUAUUUUUACCAGCAUAACAGCAACAAAUAUACCUUAGUGAACUGGCUGAAGACCUGACUGGUGCUACAUACUUUUGGUACCUCAGAAUGCACUGCUAUUAUAUACAUUUCAGAUAAGUUUUUACAAUUAAUGUUCUCCAUUUAUCAAAACCAAAAGAUGGGAUUAAGUUUUAAAUUGAUUUUAUCUAAACAGAUUGUUGAAUGGCAUUGCUUCUAUAAACCAACAUAAACCACAGUAGAGAAUCCUCACUGGACACUGCAGAAAUUUGCACUGGUAUAUAAUACAUAAGUGUUCAAGAAGAUUGGCAGUAUAUGUUGAGCCAUCAUGUCACGAGAAAACUCUUGUUCCUGUAAACAAAAAUCUUAUUUGUAUAUAUUAAAAAGCAUUGCCCUUAGAGAUAAGCCGUGUACAAUUACAGACAUCUUCAUUGUAAUGGAGCAACAUAGGAGGCUAUUCAGCCGUUGAGCGUCUUCCACCAUGAAGUACCUUUCCUGUCUUUGCAUCAGAACUCUUUAUACCCAACUGAAUCCAACUGAUUGGUGUCUCAGAAGCUCGAAUUGUUGAACAGCAUCCCUGGACUUUUCGUCAUCGCUGCUGUGGAUGUUGCAAUUCUGCUCUUGUUUCAUAAUGUGUUUUGACAUAAAUUGCAUUACUGCACCUGAACAUUUGGUAGAGAGUUGAGAAGCACUUUCAAAAGGGAAUUGGUUAAGUAGCUAAAGAGAAGAAGGUUCCCUGGGUGAAGAGUAGGGGAGAAUUACUGGAGCACUUAUUCAAAAAAGUUAGCAUUAAGGGCUAAGUGGCUUCUUGUACUUCUAAUGGCUGCCCUUUUACCAUAUAACAUCUGAAGGGGAAAAUUAGUCUUUGGUCGUGAUUGCAAACCAGGUGUAAGAUAAUGUGCGGGUGGCUGUAUCACUUCCCACACUGAAUCCACAGCAGACUGAACACGUGGGAGGUGAAUACAACUGAUAGCUGAUACUGGAACAUAAAUUCUGCACUCACCCAAAACAUGUCUUUACCUUUUGUUUUAAAGGCAAGAUGCUGAAAUGCCUGAACCACCUUUAGGCUCUUUACACAGGUGGUCUCAACAAUAAAAGAGAUAGCAGUCAAACAGGGGCCUGGGUUGAACAUAUGUGAAAUGGAAAACAACCCUUUAUCAUCUAAGCAUUGCAGGUCUCUGAUAUACCGGGCUCGAGGCUUGAGUUCAAUGUUCCCCAGGGCAGAAAGAUGUUACCAUCCAUGGGGAAAACUGAUAAAUUAAAGCGGGAGGGAGAGAGAGCCGAAGGGGGUGAGCCACGGUGGGUGGGAUGAUGUUAGUGUGGAGCAUGAACCUCAGUGUAGAUCAGAUGAGCUAACAGCAAAUUCUGUGCAAUUGUACAUUAUACAUUCAUUUAAAUAUCCAGACUACUAUGAACUUAUUUUGCAUUAAGACUCCUAACAGCCAUUUUUCUAAUUUAGGACAUACAAAAUGAAAUGCCUUGAGGCUAGCCUGUAUAUUUAUAAGGGGCAUAAAUAUUAAAAUAUGGACUAUAAAAUCAUUUCCAGUGACAAUGUAUGGAUAUGACACCAAUACGUGUCACUAGUAAAUUUUGUCAAGUUAAAAUUCAGUUUGACCACACAGCGGCAGCACAUCAGCACAUAACAGUUCAAGGGGGCAAGUCACCACCAUCACGUCAACAUUAGCAACUGUGGAUGGACUGUGAAAUUCCAGUUCUCUGCAUCCAAAGACUGAAUCAUUUUUAAAAAGACACCGAAGUAAGAUUUCAUAGUUUCCAAAUUGACCCUUCACCUGAGGAUGUGCCAAUAUUAUAGUGCACACAGAUACAGUAAAACAGUGGAGUGCUGUUCAAGGGUUCAGCUGUUGUAUAACAAUGCAGUUUGAUAUAACUCGACAUUGAUGUGCAAACAUCUCCCUAAUAUCAAGAGUUUCUUUCAAGUGCUAGAAUGAUCUUUUGUGAUAUUAACAGUGUGGAUGGGUUGUUGAUGGCUUAAGUGUGGACACUGAAAUAGUGCUGGUGUAGAUCAAAGUAUUAAAGGAUUAUGACAAAGCAUUUCUGGAAUCCAUGAAAUGAUGAUACAACAAAGUUGUAUUAAACCAUCUCAUACUCCAUUACGAUUGUUAUCUAGCUUGUAAACUGUGAAUAAAUAUUUUUGAACUUAAUAAAAAAAACACUAUUGUGUAUUUAACCUUGCCUUGCGUGAGUCACUGCAGACAUACUGUGUAUAAUUCAAGGGGUUUGUUGACAUUCACAGAUGAUCAGAGUAUGAGUUCAGUGGGAAAGGACAGUGCAGUAAGGAGAACUGAGUAGUAGGAAGACACCAUCACCGAUCCCCACAAGUCUUACCUGAGUGGGAGGAGAUGCUGCCAAUCUUUCGUUGCUAAUCCUUGGUCAGCAGGGGCUACAUUUCAUGGUUCUUCUGCAGUUCAAUGUUAGUCAGGAACUAGUGGUAAAACCGGGAUCUUCCACAGAGUUGAGCAUGACAAUCUACACUGACUCUGCAUUGU